AUGGAAGAUACUAAGACAUGGGAUGUGACGAUUUUACCGGCUGUGAAGAAAGCUAUUGGUUGUAAAAUCCUUUACUCACUAAACUUCAAUGCAGAUGGCACUCUUGAGCGACGCAACGUCCGUUUAGUAACUAAGGGUUUUACACAGAAAGAGGGCUUGGAUUAUACUGAGACGUUCUCUCUAGUAGCCAAGCUAACAACAACGUAUGAUGAUGGUCAUUUUCUUGUGGUAAUGGUGUAUGUAGAUGACAUAAUUGUGGCAAGCACAAGUGCAUCUAAAUCUAAAGAGUUAAUUCAAGAUUUGUCUCAGAAGUUCAAAUUGAGAGAUCUUGGCUUUCUUAAGUAUUUCUUAGGAAUGCUCGGGUGCAAGCCUACAUCAACUCCAACGGUUCCGAAUCUUCAAUUGUUUAUUGAUGAGGGUACAUCUAUAGAGAAUGCAGAGAUGUAUCGAACUCUUGUAGGACGGUUGAUGUAUCUUACGAUCACCAGACCAGAUAUCUCAUAUGCUGUCAACAAGCUUUGUCAAUACUCAUUUGCUCCUAAGUUACCACAUCUUCAUGAAGUGUAUCGGGGCAUUGCUGAUGCAGAUUGGUCUUUAUGCCGUGAUAGUAGACGUUCAACGCUAGGCCUGUCUAUGUUUCUUGGUGGCUCGUUAAUCCCAUGGCGAUCAAAGAAACAUGACACAGUCUCUUGUUAUUCCGCUGAAGCAGAAUAUCAAGCUUUGUCUCAAGCUGCGAAAGAAAUGGUUAAGUUGAUCAAGCGCCUUAAUGAUUUGAAGGUUCGAUCACCAACACCAAUCUUGUUCUAUGAUAGCACCGCUGUUCCAUUGCUACUAAUCAUUAUUGUUCCAUGA